UUGAUAAAGAAAGAUCAACCAACAUGGGACCUCCUUUUGGCUUUUGGAGAAUUUCCAACAAAGCAUAUGUUGUUUUGCCCUCUAAGAAAGAUAUUGGAAGUGAAAACAACCACUCCCAUCCUAAUUUAUUUGUAUUAUCAUUGUAUUUUUAGUAAUUUCUAAUACCCAUUUGGCCAUUUCCAGCUGGUUCACCAUCCCCACACUCUCACUCUAUUGUCAUCUUUUAGUGCUAAUAAAUCAUCUAUCUUUAUAUAGCCUCCCUCACCAUCUUCUUCUCAUCCUCCAUUGCAUUACUUUGCAUUUGCAAUUUUGGCAUCCCCCACCACCUUCUCCCAUUUCUCUCUGAAUUCCUCUUGGUCAGGAAUUUGGAGAGUGUUCUACAAAUCAUUACAUAAACUUGCUGAAAACCAUGAAGUUCUCCAUGAUUUUUAUGUUUAGCAGCACACUAUUGUUUCUAGUCAAUUCAUCAGCAAAUGCUCAAGCCACUAGUCCUCCAGCACCAAUCCUGCCACCAACUCCAUCUCCAGCGCCAGCACCAGCCCCAAUAUCUCCUUAUGUGAAUCUCACAGAUUUACUCUCUGUGGCAGGCCCAUUCCAUACAUUCCUCAAUUACCUUGAAUCCACCAAAGUAAUUGACACCUUUCAAAACCAAGCCAACAACACAGAACAAGGCAUCACCAUCUUUGUCCCCAAAGACACUGCCUUUUCAUCUCUUAAGAAGCCUUCCUUAUCAAAUCUCACUCAAGACCAGCUCAAGCAACUCAUUCUCUUCCACGCCUUGCCACGUUAUUAUUCGCUCGCAGAUUUCAAGAACCUUAGCGAAUCAAGCCCAGUUAGCACAUUUGCUGGUUCUGGUCAAUUUGCUUUAAACUUUACAGAUGAAUCUGGAACUGUGCAUCUUGAUUCAGGAUGGUCUAAAACUAAAGUUAGCAGCAGUGUACAUUCAACUGAUCCUGUCGCAAUCUACCAAGUUGAUAAGGUGCUUCUGCCUGAGGCCAUUUUUGGCACUGAUAUACCUCCAAGUUCUGCACCAGCACCAGCUCCAGCUUCUGAGAUUAGCCCUGCUGCUGACUCUCCAUCAUCUGAAUCAACUGCAGGACAUUCUCCUGGAAUUGCUCCACCAAGCUCUGGACAUAGAAUCAUCAACUCUGGUGUAUGGAUUCAGCUGAUUUUUGCAGUUUCAGGAGUGCUUGUGUUGUUCUUGUAAAUGGAAAUUUCAUUGUUGAGAGUGUAAGUUAUGUUGAGAUGAUAUAUCUAGCCAUAUUUCUUUCAUCUGCUUUGAUUUCAAACUAUUUUUUUAUUAUAUUUGUUACUGAAUUAUAUGUAAGUGAAUGUGAGUACUGUUAAAAUAAUAUGAAUUUCUACUCAAACUAUUUUUU